UCGUCACGCGCAGGGGAACGCGCAGAGACACUCGCCCGGAGCAAGCAGCAGAGUUACGAGAGCCACGGGUCUUCUUCAUCCGAGCUGCGAGGAUUCAUGUCAGCAGGAUCGAGCGAGCCAAGCGGGUGGUGGUCAACUCGCACGGGAGGCAGCAGCAACAACAACAGCAGCAACAACAACAGCAGCAACAACAACAGCAGCAACAACAACAGCAGCAACAACAACAACAGCAGCAACAACAACAGCAGCUGCUGCUGCUGCUACGCGGCGCUCCCGCUGCUGGGCCCCGCGUCGCGCUACGAGGAGCUGGACGAGAGGGGGUCGCCGCGGGGCACCGCCGUGAUUCUCCGGGCCCCCUCGGCCCCCGCGGCCCCCACGAGCGGGGACGCCGCGACCCCCGUGAUGACCACGAGCAGCAGCAGCGGCGGCAGCGGCGGCAGUAACGGGAGGCCGCGUCCGGCCCCCGACUCGCACGGCUCCAUGGAGCGGCCGAUCCCGUUCGUGGUGCCGCCGAGACGGGAGGCUGGAGGCGCGGGAGAGGUUCGCGCCCAGGAGCGGGGGUUGCCCGCGGGGGGAGGAGGAGGAGGGGGAGCAGGGGGAGGAUUUGACCCCGGCGGUGUGGAGCCAAGGAGGGCCUUCGGCUACCGGCCGCGAGAGAGCUUCGCGCUGGGCUCCAUAAACCCCGAGCUGUACGGCUCAACGGGCGACGAGGAGGGCGAGUGGGAGCACGCGGCUGGCCCGAGCGGCCCCGACACUCCGCGCCUUUGCUUCUCGCUCCACUACGAGCUCGCCUCCGAGCGCCUCCACGUGACGCUGCUGAAGGGACGCAACCUGUGGCUGCCGGGGGGGGUGGUCCGCCGCGCGGCACCACGCGACGCCGAGGAGGUGGGAGACCCCCUGGUCAAGGUCUUCCUCCUGCCCGACGAGAGGAGGCACGUGCAGUCCAAGGUCCGGCGCAAGACGGCGCACCCCACCUUCAACGAGACGUUCGUCUUCCAGGUGUCCCACGGGAGUCUGAGCGAGCGGACGCUGCGCCUCUCGGCCCUGGCCGUGGACGUGCACAGGAAGCACCGCGCGCUCGGCCACGCGCUCAUCCCCAUGCGCGCGCACGCGCAGCGGUGCACGCGCGCGCGCCUCGUGCUGUGGCGCGAGCUCGACGCGGACGCGCUCGAGCCCAGCUCGGAGCACGGGGACCUGCACUUCUCUCUGAGCUACAACGCCUACCUGAGCCGCCUCACCGUGGUCGUGCUCCGGGCCAAAGGUCUGCGCUUCCACGGGGACAGCUCGGAGCUCGAGGUGCACGUGCGGGCGACGCUGCUCAACCAGAACCAGCGCGUGCGCGACAAGGGCACGGGGCGCGCGCGCGGCUCCCCGAGCCCCCUCUACAAUGAGACGCUCAGCUUUCCCCUGCCGCCCUCCAACCUCGACUCCUCGAGCCUGAGCCUCUGCGUGCUGCACACGGGCACCGGCGCGGGAGACGGAGGUGAACUGACUCUGGGCCGCGUGGUGGUGGGGCCCUUCAUGUACGCGCGGGGACGGGGCCUGGAGCACUGGGAGGAGAUGAUCGCCAAGCCCAAGGAGAUGGUCAAGAGGUGGCACGCGCUCAGCCCCGACUCCUAGCGCCGCCCCGUCGCCGAGUUGACAAAGCAGCAGCAGCAGCAGCGGCGGCAGCAGCAGCGGCGGCAGCAGUGGCAGCAGCAGCAGGGGCAGCAGGGGCAGCAGUGGCACCAGCAGUAGCGGCAGCAGUGGCAGCAGCAGCAGCAGCGGCAGCAGUGGCAGCAGCAGCAGCAGUGGCAGCAGCAGCAGCGGCAGCAGCAGCAGCAGCAGCAGGGGCAGCAGGGGCACCAGCAGUAGCGGCAGCAGCGGCGGCAGCGCCAACCGUGAGGAACGGCACCCACUCGCGAAACCGACUGCAAGACAAUCGUCGGUGGCGUGAAAGCGAUCCGUGGACACCACCCACACCAUCACCUGCACCGGAACUCACGAACCCCGCCGCUCCCCCCACCCCCCAUAGGCAAGACACGAGCCAUCACGGUGAUGACAAUCAGCGGACUGCCCCCAGGUCCUCGUGGCACUGCCAACCACCCCCACCCGGGUGGUGCCGGGUGGCAUCCGCCCUCAUGCAAGGAAUGGAAUGGUGACCCCCCCUACUCCCCACCUUGUCUCCCCCCCACCCUGUCCCUCCCCCCCCACCUCUCUUCUCUUUGUAGCCCGGCGCCUGGGCCUCCUCAGUGCAGUUGCACCGCCUGCGCACUCGAUAGCCACGCCGCUGAAAACGAUCUCAGACGUCAAUUUUGGUGUUGCCCUCCUUUGAUUUUAUCAGCCCCUCCUCCCCCCCACAAAAAAACCGGGAUGUUUCGUAAAUAAUUUUUCAAAUCGAGUGUGGCCCCUGGUCACGCCCGAGAAGGCCACGCUGGGUCUGCCGUUUGCACGCCGCGUGGGGGUCACGGCUGCCGCGUGGGGGUCACGGCUGCCGCGUGGGGGUCACGGCUGCCGCGUGGGGGUCACGGCUGCCGCGUGGGGGUCACGGCUGCCGCGU